CGUCCCGUUAGGAAAAAAUCCUGCAGAGGGACGGACUGGAGGCAACCAGCAGACGGGCUGAGCAGACAGACCGAACCAACUAGCGCCUCAAACAGCGUCAAACAGACGAAAUGGGCUUUCCGACGAUAGUAAACUGCCGUCGGUUGGUUUUAAAAGUGUGUUUGCUUCAGUUAAUCGCUUUUCUAACAGCAAAUGCUCGUCCGUCCCCUAUUAUCAGGUUUCCCGGAGACGACUCUCCCACUACAGACAAAGAAGUUGCUCUGCACUAUCUGAACAAGUUUUACGGAUGCCCACAAGACAGAUGCAACCUCAUGGUGCUCAAAGACACCCUGAAGAAAAUGCAGAAGUUCUUUGCUUUGCAAGAAACUGGAGAGAUUGAUGACAAAACCGUGGAGGUCAUGAAAAAACCCCGCUGUGGUGUCCCAGAUGUUGCCAAUUACAACUUCUUCCACAGGAAGCCCAAGUGGCAGAAGAAGGACAUCACCUACAGAAUUCUGGGAUACAGUCUCGAUCUGGAUGAAGAGGUCAUAAACGACGCGUUCUUUAGAGCCUUUAAAGUUUGGAGCGACGUCACACCACUCACUUUUACCCGCAUCAUGGACGGAGAGGCAGACAUCAUGGUCAAUUUUGGCCGCAAUGAGCAUGGAGAUGGUUACCCUUUUGAUGGAAAGGAUGGACUUUUGGCUCAUGCGUUUGCUCCGGGACCAGGGAUUGGAGGAGACUCUCACUUUGAUGAUGAUGAGCAGUGGACCUUGGGAGAAGGCCAAGUGGUGAAGGCGAAGUUUGGCAACGCCGAUGGAGAGUUCUGUAAGUUCCCCUUCCUGUUUAUGGGCACGGAGUACAACAGCUGCACCUCUCAGGGCCGAGACGACGGCUUCCUCUGGUGCUCCACCACCUACAACUUCGAUGAGGAUAGCAAAUAUGGCUUCUGUCCUCAUGAGUUGCUUUUCACCUUGGGCGGAAACGGAGAUGGUGCUCCGUGCAAAUUCCCUUUCACCUUUCAGGGUGAGAAGUACGACAGCUGCACCACUGCGGGCAGGGACGACGGUUACCGCUGGUGCGCCACAACUGAGGACUACGAUCGCGACAAGUCCUAUGGCUUCUGCCCCGAAACUGCGAUGUCAACGGUGGGCGGUAAUGCAGAUGGAAGCCCCUGCGCCUUCCCUUUCACCUUCCUGGGAGACAGCUAUGAUUCCUGCACCUCCUCUGGACGCAGCGAUGGGAAGAUGUGGUGCGCCACCACCAAGAGCUACGAUGACGACCGCAAGUGGGGCUUCUGUCCUGACCAAGGCUACAGUUUGUUUCUGGUGGCGGCCCAUGAGUUUGGUCAUGCUUUGGGUUUGGAGCACUCUCAGGACCCCGGAGCACUGAUGGCUCCUAUUUACACGUUUACCAAAGACUUCAGACUUUCUCACGACGACGUUCAGGGCAUCCAAGAGCUCUACGGAGUACCAACAGACAAGCCGGUAUCUCCAACCCAGGGUCCCGUCACUCCAAUGGACAUCUGCAGGGAGCCGGUUAUCUUUGAUGCUGUUGCACAGAUCAGGGGAGAAACCUUUUUCUUCAAAGACAGAUUCCUGUUCAGGUCAGUCAACUUCAGAAGCAAGCCCAACGGCCCGAUGCUAGUAGCCACCUACUGGCCUGACCUGCCGGCCAAGAUAGACGCUGCGUAUGAAAAUCCAGUGGACGAAAAAACGGUCUUCUUUGCAGGUAAUGAGAUGUGGAUUUACAAAGCUGAUGAGUUAGAAAGAGGCUACCCUAAGAGGCUGUCCAGCCUCGGCCUUCCGUCAGACUUGCAGCAAAUCGAUGCCGCCUUCAACUUCCGGAAGAACAGGAAGACUUACCUGUUUUCUGGAGACCAGUUCUGGAGAUACGAUGAAGACCGGGCGACAAUGGACCCUGGCUUCCCCAAACCCAUCGCUGAAUCGUGGAACGGGGUCCCAGACGGCAUCGAUGCUGCCUUCAGCCUGAAUGGCAUUGAUUACAGCUAUUUCUUUAAAGGAAACCACUACUUCAAACUUGAAGACAGCAGUUUGAAGAUUAUUAAAUUGGGUGAAAUCACAAAGGACUGGCUGGGUUGCUGAACUAAGUGUUUCUGAAGUGACGAUGGCCUCGCUGUGUGAGGACGUCAACGAUGUAUCGCACACAACUUGAGGCUGCCGCAGUGCACGGCGUUUAAUCCAGACAUCUCAGCGCGCUUCGGCUGGAGACACGUACCUCCAGCCUGUAUAACUUGUCUUCAGCUUUGGCACCUCGAGACCUUCUGCACAGGCUGAACAUGUACAAAUGGAUACCUGCUUUAUUUCUAAGAGAUUUAGGUAGUUUUUUGUUACAAUGACGAUUUUAAGAUAAGAAAACCUUUGUUGUUUAAAUGUUACGAUUUUCUGAUUGUCGUGCAAUGAUUUUGAAAAAAGGAACUUGCACAAUGUGACCGAAUAUGGUGCUUUUAGAGAUUGCUUCUUGCAUAUAGUUUUAUAGUUGAUCUUGCAUAUAGUUUUAUAUUCUGUGUCUGAUUGUAGUGCCGAGCAUCUCUGGAUGUCGGAAAGUAGCUUCCAACCUUCUUCCUUACGUUAGCACUUUGUAUAAAACUAAACUUUAUUGUUCUAUAUUAUCAUUGCACAAUAAGAAAGGCUGGGCUCUGUGGCGGCGCCUCCAGGUGACAUUCGGCCCAAACAGCUUAACUCAGCGGAGAAGGCACAGGUUGCCUCUAGAGGUUUGCUCCAUGAUUGAAUCAUGACAAGAAUACUCCAGUAGUAUUGUGUGCUUAUGUUUUUAUACUAGUUUUUAUUUCAUACAAAGUUUUUCCUUGUAUUUUUACAAUCUAUUUGUGUGUCUUGUGUUGUUUUUGUGGCUUGUGCACUUUGUUACCAUUAUCAAUAAUAAAAGGACAGUGUAUUCAA